UCUACUCUCGCAUGUAUCUUCGUCUUUCCCUGACUUCAAUGUGAAAAAAGCUGGGAUAGGAAGGAACAAAGGACCCAACUAAGAAGACAACCAUUCUUUUCUUUAUCAUUAUCAACACACAAAGCGAAGCUUCUCACUUUCUUUUUCUCAUCAUUACAAAUUUCAUCAUUUGAUGAAUUGGUGAGAAACAGGAAAAUGGAGUUUGAUCUUGAAGACCCACUUGCCAGCUUUGAAGAGCAGCAAAACUGUAGCAUCUCCGAACUCUUUGCCUGUGAAUCUGAUCAUAUGCCCGCUCAAAACUGCAUUUCCUUUCGUUGUGAAGCUGUUUCUCUCAUAUCACAGGUUCAGUUUUCCUGCAAUUUGGAUCCUUUUGGAGCUUACCUUGCAAGAAACUACUUGGACCGGUUCGUGUCCAGGCAAGAGAUUAAGCAAGGGAAGCCAUGGUUUCUCAGACUCGUUGCUAUGUCCUGUCUUUCGCUGGCUUCAAAAAUGACCAACACACCCUUCUCAAUUUCUGAUUUGCAGAUUGAAGGUUGUAUGUUUGAGGCUAGAAGCAUUCAGAAAAUGGAGCUUCUUAUACUCGGAGCUUUAGAAUGGCGAAUGAGGUCAAUCACACCUUUUUCGUUUUUGCAUUUCUUCAUCUCUUUAACUGACCUUGAACUCAAAGACCCAUCAACAAAACAAGCAUUGAAAGAGAGAGCUUCAGAGGUCAUCUUCAAUGUUCAUUAUGGUACAUACUGUAUUACAUUGUUUUAUUCAGAAAACUCACAAUUCUAUGUUGAUUUUCACUUUAAAUUAGCUCAAACUCUGACCUCUUUAAGGCUUUUGGCUUUAGACAUCAAAUUUCUGGGGUUCAAACCUUCCAUUGUCGCUGCAUCUGCACUUAUUUGUGCAUGUCGUGAGCUAUUCCCUCUGCAAUUUUCUGCUGUGAGAGCUUCAAUUGCAGCUUGUGAGUAUAUUGAUGAGGAGACAAUAUGCAGAUGCUUCAAUUUGAUGCUGGAGAUGAAGAGGAUGGAAGCAGAUGAGUCAGCUUUUGACUAUGAUACAAGCGUUAUAAGCACAGAAACUACAGUGAGCACUGAGCGUGCUGGAAAGGAGCAUCAAAAAGAGGAGAAUCUGAUUUUUCUUUGACUCUGAGCUUCAUUAUUAUGAAUAUUAUUAUUUUUUUCAAAUUCAGGAGGGAUGAUAAAGAAGCUGAGGAUAAAAAAAAAAAAAAAACCUAUCUAUGUAUCUGGUUCAUAUGUUCUUCGUGCCCAAAAUCCUGAGCCAGCAGAGCGCCAAAUUUCCUCUUUGGUCUUCAUUAUUGGGACCCCCAACCACCUGACUCUCAUUUA